AUGGAGGGUGUGGCUGCAUCCGUCCUGUCGAGCGAGUGCUUCCUAGCUUGGUACUCUGAGCAUCUCUGGAAAGAUAAGCGGUAUCCUCAGUGCAGCAUGCUCCCCCUGCUGUGCAGGGAAACGCGUGAUGCAGACAGGAAGGGAAACCCUAGGCUUGUCCUGCGAUUCUCGUCGGAGAUGGACGAGUCCGGAGCGGUCUGCAGGGCUGUGAGGUCGGGGCUGACACACUUGGCUAUCUGCAACCCCUCUGAUCCCUUCAGAGGCAGGAAGAUGAUGCCGUGGUUUGAGGUGCUGAGAGAUGCAGAGAAGACCCGUACGCUGUGCGAGCUGGUGCUGGACCUGAGGGGUAUGUGGUUGGAACCUUCCAAGUUCGAUUUCAGGGAGCUAGGGAGCAGCGACAGGUUUCCAAAGUUGACCACAUUGGUGGUGCUGAUAGAAAGAGGGGUCGGCACUCUUUUCGAGAUGUUGCAAAAAACUCUUGAUAUCAAGGACUUUUGUGUAGAGACACCUUGGGCCACGCUCGUUGCCUGUCCAGAGUCGAGUAGCAUCUCGCUGGUGGUGGGGGCGAUCAGAUGGGUGACCUGGGAGGAGGUCAGCGCCCUGGUAGAUCUCCUGACGUCCAGAGAGGAUUUCUCUAGGAUGCACCUCACUUUACAGAUACCUCACUGGGAGCACUUGGACAAGAUGAUGAAAAUCGUCAAGCAAGGAGAAUGGCAGGAUGUAGUCGUCGACUUGCUCAUCGAGACGUUACACGAUGAGAUACCGUGCUGGUUCGGAAGGAAUCGGCUCUCUCUCAACCUCCACAAGCACUAUGAGUUUGGGGGCAAAAAGUCAUACCCAGGCAGCCUCUCGUAUUCACCAGGGAAAGUGUAUUUGGACUCUAAGCAGUCAUGGACAAAGUUCUUCGUCGAGUACCUGGUAGAUGCGAACAUCGAUGUAAAGGUCAUCUGGAACUUUACCCUGGCGUGA